AUGGGCAACGUCGUCUCCGCCAUCUCUGGCGGCAGCCAGGGCCAGAUCGAAUCCCGCAAGGCAGAGCUCGAGGACAAGCUCGCCGACCGCGAGUCCACCAUCACGGCGCUCGAGAAGGACCUGUCCAAGAAGGAGAAGGAGUACACAACCCUCUCCAGCGAGGCCGAGGACCUGCGCCUCAAGAUCAAGGAGCUGUCCGACAAGUCGACCUCGACCGAGCAGGAGACCCAGACCCGCAUCGCGAAGCUGCAGUUAGAGCUCGAAGCCACCAACUCCAAGGCCGCCGAGGGCUCCGCCGCCCACGCUUCCGAGCUCGAGGCCGCCACCAAGCAGCUGACCCGCCUCCAGGAGGAGCUCGACAAGCUGCACCUCGACAAGAAGACGCUCGCCGAUGACGUCGCCAGCCUCAACAAGCAGCUCGCCUCGGCCAAGGAGGAGCGCGACACCCUCGAGGCCUCGCUCCGUGACGAGAUCACCCUGCUCCAGACCCGUCUCGCCGACGCCGAGACGAGCCAGGGCGCCCUGAAGGAGGCCCUCAGCAAGCUCGAGGCCGAGGGCGCCACCUCGUCUAAGACGCUCGGCGAAAGGGACGAGGCCUACAAGGCCCUGCAGCAGGUUCUUGACAAGCUCAAGACCGACACGGACGCCCAGCUCGCCACGUCCAAGCAGGACCUGUCGGCGGCCGAGGACAAGUUCAGCACUCUGCAGAAGACCCACGACACCCACAAGACCGAGUCGGAGACGCAGCUGUCUGCUGCCAAGAAGGACCUCGUAGAUGCCAACGACAAGCUGAGUGCCCUGCAAAAGGGCCACGAGACGCUCAAGUCCAGCUCCGAGGCUGACCUCGCCGCCGCCCAGAAGGAGGUUGCCGAGAUUCAGGCCAAGCUCAACGCUCUGCAGGAGUCCCAAGGCAAGGCCUCUGCCGAUUCCGAGGCUGAGGUCACCGCCACAAAGAAGGAGCUCGCCGAAACCAAGGAGAAGCUUGCUGCCCUCGAGGCAUCACAGACUAAGGCCGCGGCCGACUCAGAGGCCGUCGUGGCGGCCACCAAGAAGGAGUUGGCCGAGACGCAAGAGAAGCUCGCUGCCCUGCAAGAGGCUCAGACCAAGGACAAGGCUGCUUCCGCCGAGGAACUCGCCGUUACCAAGAAGGACCUUGCCGACACCCAGCAGAAGCUGGCUGCUCUUCAGGAGUCCCAGGGCAAGGCCUCGGCCGACUCCGAGGCUGCCGUUGCUGCCACCAAGAAGGAGCUUGCCGAGACGCAAGAGAAGCUUGCUGCUCUCGAGGCCUCGCAGUCCAAGGAGAAGUCUGCCUCUGAGGAGCAGCUCGCCGCCACCAAGAAGGAGCUCGUUGACACUCAGAAGAAGCUCACCGACUUGCAAGAGUCUCAGACUCAGGAGAAGUCGGCUGCGGAGGAGGAGCUCGCGUCCGCGAAGAAGGAGCUCGCUGCCACACAGGAGAAGCUCGCCGCUCUUGAGGCCUCCCAGUCCAAGGACAAGGCCUCUGCCGACAGUGAACUCGCUGCCGCCAAGAAGAGUCUGGCCGAGUCUGACGAGAAGUACACGACCCUGCAGGCCGCCCAUGACAAGGCUCAGGCCUACUCGGCUGGUGAGUCUACCCAGGCCAAGAAGGACCUGGCCGACCUCCAGGCCAAGUUUGCCGAGCUCGAGAAGACCAACGAAUCUCUAAAGAAGAAUUCUACUUCCGAGCUCGAGGCCGCCAAGAAGGACUCCGCCACCUGGCAGGAGAAGGCCGAGAAGUCCGAGGCGUCCCAGAACACCCUUACCAAGGAUCUGGAGGCUGCCAAGAAGGAUCUCGCCUCUACCCAGGAUCAGAGCAAGGCCGCCGAGGCCAAGCACGAGUCGGAGCUGCAGAAGGCGCGCGACGAGGCCACUAAGGCCGGUGCCAGCGUCGAGGGCGAGACCAAGAAGCUCAAGGAGGCCCACGAGGCUGAGCUGAAGAAGGUUCGUGACGAGGCUGAGAAGGCCGCCAAGGCCAGCUCAGACAAGGCUACUGCCGACGCUGAGGCUGCGAAGAAGCAGCUGGCGGAAGAGCAGGAGAAGGCUGCCAAGGCUGCUGCCGAGCUCGAGAGCAAGCUUAAGGCUGCCACCACGGAGCAGGAGAAGGCUUCCAAGGCCGCUGCUGAGCUCGAGGCCAAGCUGAAGGCGUCUGAUGAGGAGAAGGAGAAGGCCACCAAGGCUAUUUCCGAGCUUGAGACCAAGCUCAAGUCUGCGACUGAGGGCCAGGCAAAGGCCACCGGUGAGCUCGAGACCAAGAUUCAGGCCCUGCAGAAGGAGCAGGAGGCUGCUGGCGUCAAGGCUAAGGACCUGCAGGAGGAGCACGCCUCCCUGCUGAAGCUUCGCAAGGACGACGAGAGCAAGCUCUCUGCGCUCAAGGAGCAGGCCGAGACUGCCGAGGGUAAGGCGACGAAGGCUGCUAGCGAGGUCGAGUCUCUCCAGGAGGUAAGAGCCCCGAAUCCACACGCGUGCUUUCGGUUCCAUGCUAAUCGUCAACAGGAGAAGAAGGACCUCGAGACCAAGGCAUCCGAGGCUGCCGCCGAGACGGAGAAGGCUAAGAAGGCUGAAUCUGAUCUCAAGGCCCAGCUCGAUGUUGCCAAGUCAUCCCUGACUGCUGCCCAAGACGACAAGAAGACUCUCGAGUCCAAGACUGCCGACCUCACCUCCGAAGCCGACAAGGCUAAGAAGGCCGAGGCGGAGCUCAAGGAAUCCCAGUCCAAGCUCCAGUCCCAGCUCGACGAGGCCAAGGUCAGCCUGACCGCCGCCGAAACCGAGAAGAAGGACCUCGAGUCCAAGACGGCCGACCUCACCGCCUCCGCCGAGAAGGCCAAGAAGGCCGAGGCCGACCUCAAGACCCAGCUUGACGAGUCCAAGGCCGCCCUCGCCGCCGCGGAGAAGGAGACCAAGGCCGCCCUCGACAAGUUCGCCGCCGGCGAGAAGAAGCUCGAGGAGGCCCUCGCCAGCGCCAAGGCCGCCGCUGCCGAGGUCAGCGACAAGAAGACCAACGGCGACGCCAAGUCGUCCGUGUCCGUCGAGGAGAAGCCCGUCGAGGAGGGCGAGGCCGCCGCCACGGCGUGA